UUAUUUAAAUUUGGGCCAGGGGGUAGGCUUCCCAGGGAAAUAGCCUGCAGUGGCAAGAUGGCGAACAGAGGGUUGUGAGGUGGGAUGGUAAAUGAAAAACGCGUUCAUCGAUGAAUUAAGGUGUGUAAACCAUAGUGUGUGUGAUGGAACAGCAGAAUCAUUCAAAGCAGCUGCUACUGCAGCUGAACCAGCAGCGAGCCAAAGGAUACCUGUGUGAUGUCAUCAUCGUGGUGGAGAACGCGCUGUUCCGCGCCCACAAGAACGUCCUGGCGGCUAGCAGCGUCUACUUCAAGUCGCUGGUCCCUCACGACAACCUCAUCAACCUGGACACAGAGAUGGUCAGCCCCUCAAUUUUCAGACAGGUGUUGGACUUCAUCUAUACAGGUUGUCUGUCCAGUUCUGACUCCGUCAGUGACCACAGUAUCUCGUCUCUCCUGAUCGCCGCCUCCUACCUCCAGCUGACUGAACUGGCUGCUCUCUGUCGCAGGAAGCUCAAACACAACGGUCAGACCCCCUCCAGCUCCAACAAGAUGACCCCCUCCUCUUCCACCUCCCCAACCCCAAAUGGACACACCCCUGGCCCACUCUGCCUCUCCUCCACCCCCCUCCACAACCACCAGCACCAUAACAACCACUCAGGGUCCAAGAAGGGGAGCCAGAGGAACCAGAGACCGAGCCAGGAGGGAAGGCUGAGAGAGGAUCUGUCCGAGAAGGUGUUUAUUUCAGGCUCGCGCUGUGCCUCCCUCAGCCCCUCUGGAGAAGGUAGGAGUAAUGGGCUGGGACUGGACCUGUCCAAAAGGAGUCCGUCAGAGAGCACUGCCACAGAGGAGGUGUCCCCCAGCAGUCUGCUCCAGAGCUCUUCCCCCCACUCCUCCUCUCUCUCACCCACUCCCACUCCUCCCACAACGUCUAGUGCUAAGCCAGAGCCUCCAAAGACCUCCACAGAUCUCCAGCCCAGAGCCCCUCGCAAGAGGCCCCGAGGUGAGAAAGUGACCCCAGAGCUGGAGGAUGGAGAGGUGGAUGGAGAGGAGAAUGGUCGAGAUCAGAGUGAGGGGAGCGGGCACAGUGGAAGAGGAGGAGGAGGAGGAAGAAAAGGGAGGAGAAAUGGAAACACCAACUACAUCUACCGUCAGCCCCAGCCAGGGUUUGAGCCAGGUGUGGGGGACAACCUGUACGUCUGCAUCCCCUGUGGGAAAGGCUUCCCCAGCUCAGAACAGCUCAAUGCCCAUGUCGACACACACACCCACGACCAACUCUACCUGAAAGACGAGGAGGAGGAAGAGGAAGAGGAAUGUGGUGGAUACUUGAAGGACAAAGAUCCGGACACAUGCCCAGAUGACUCUGCAUCAAAGGGGAUGAAGCCUGACCCUGAAGAACCUGGGCAUCUCUGCACAGUCUGCAGUAAGAGCUGCAAGGACGCGACAUCACUACGGCAACACGAGAAGAGCCAUUGGCUGAACAGGCCAUUCCCCUGUAACAUCUGUGGCAAGCUGUUCACUCAGCGAGGCACCAUGACGCGCCACAUGAGGAGUCACCUGGGCCUCAAGCCCUUCGCCUGCGAGGAGUGUGGCAUGCGCUUCACACGCCAGUACCGCCUCGCCGAGCACAUGCGGGUCCAUUCGGGGGAGAAGCCGUACGAGUGCCAGCUGUGUGGCGGAAAGUUCACCCAGCAACGCAACCUCCUUAGUCAUAUGAGGAUGCACACCUCGCCCUCAUAGAGGACACUUCACCAUGGUUACUGCAGCUGAACCACAGCUACCUGGGUUCUAUUAGGCUGUCUACCUCAUCUUCAGAUAACUAUCUGGACCCUCUGUUACCCAUAGUACCUCCUCACCCUUGUAAACACACCUGGCUUCUACCUCAUUUUCAGCUAACCAUCUGGAGCCUCGGUUACCCAUAGUACCUCCUCACCCUUGUAAACACACCUGGCUUCUACCUCAUUUUCAGCUAACCAUCUGGAGCCUCGGUUACCCAUAGUACCUCCUCACCCUUGUAAACACACACGGGUUCUACCUCAACUUCAGAAACACCUUGAAAUGAAUUACCUCACCUUUAUAACCACUCACCCCGAGUAACUUUACCAAUAUUGUCAACCUCUUAACAACUAUCACUUAUACGCUCACCCUCGUAACAACUAUCACCCAUACCCUCAACUAGGGAUUCAUAUUUUCACAAAAACCUACCAAGUUUUAAUACGGGGAAUAAUUUAUAUUUAUCCCAAGAGUCCCGGGAAAUACCGCAAAAAAAUUUGAUGUGCCCAUUCUCAGGCCUUUAAAACCAAGAUAUGUCACAAUGCCUGGGUUCUCCCAAAAUAAGAUUGUCACUGUGCCACAAUGCCGGCUUGGCUGCGCCACUGUAAAGGUUUCACAGCAAGUGAAACUGAUAUUUAGUAAUGAUAGAGUAACUUUGAUCACCAAUGACAUUGUUGUGAAUUGCGAAACAGGCCAUUCAUGAAUUCCAAGCAUUAUCAUGUUACUCAAUUAAUUUAGCCAAGGACUACUGCUGAAAUAUGCUAUCUUGAGACAGAGCAUGGUCAGGACCCACAGAGCGCACCCAGAGUAGGCUAUAGUGUUGUCGAAUCAUACAAACUUUGUAACGGCAGUCAAACAAAAGUCAAAUGACUAAAGUUGCUACGCUUGUUAACCUCCAUCGAAUGACAAAAUAUCUCCUAUUUGGCAAAAUGGAGUUGAUGAUUAUACAGAUAGCAGAUCAGCUCAUGAAUAACUAGUAGUUGAAGAGGGGAAAUUGUUUAAAGAUCAAUGUAUCUUAACGGGGACCAUACUCUCUACUCUCGUACUGUUUGUUCAUCUCACAUUCUGUACCGAUCCUCUCAUAUGGUCAGAAAUACGAAAUAGCGCAGAGAAGCGGGGGAAAUGUUCCAGGUAUUUUGACAUGCAUUGUUUUAUUUUUGAUUUAUUUAACCUUUAUUUAAUUAGGCAAGUCAGUUAAGAACAAAUUCUUAUUUACAAUGACAGCCUACCCCG